CCGAUGUUUUAGACGGGUUUAUACAAUACGAGAACAUUUCUCUGUUUAUACUUCAGCGUGGGUUUUGGAGCUCAUUAAACAGGCAAGAAAGACAUUUUGGAUCAGAAAUACAUUCAUAUUCGUUAAUGUUUGUUUGACGUUUGUGUCAAAAUGAGUAAAAAGCGUCGUAGCAACGCUUUGCUAGAGUCCGACGCUCCGGCGCGUAAAGAAAAAGUGCCGGAGUUCAAUGGAACCGAGUUUAAAGCCAUGCUUAGGAGCCCCACCGUAGCCUUUAAGGGACUGGAACGAUUCGUAUCUGUUUCUAAGAAGCUGCCCUGCCCUGACGUGUACGAUGUUGUUGAGGGUUACAUUAAAAUCUCUGUGGAUUGUGCUGAAAUAUUCAAGUUGCUUGAAGGAGAAAACCCCAAAGAGACGGAGAUGGUGCUGAUUUUUGAAAGCUUGGAAGUGAUUCUGCUCAGAACAGCCAGUGACCUCUCCCACUUCAGCAUGGUUGGAAAUGUCAUCGUGAAAAAGAUUCUUUCUAAUUACAUGAAGCUUCUGCAAGGGUCUUUUACUUCCACAAAUCACAGGUUUGUUCGCCAGUGCCUCAACCUGCUGACUGCUAUGGUGUCUCAGGGUGUGGAAGCUGCCAGAGAAGUCCUGAGCCAAGUUCACUUCAAAGCCCUCACCGGUCUGGAAAAGAGAAGAGACAGAAUGGGUAGACCUGAUGUUCGCUUGGCUUUUAUCCAGUUUGUGCUCUCCUUUCUGGUAUCUGGGGAUAGUGCAAUCAUUGGACAAAUAUUAGAAGUUAAAGAACUCCUACCACACAUCUUGAGUACGGGCCUGAAGGAGGAAAGGAUGUCUACAGUCAAUUUGAUUUUGUCCACUCUAAAAACAAGAGUUGUACUGAACAAAGCUAUUAGUAAAACACAGAAAGUGCGCUUUUUCACACCGGCGGUGUUGUCCAGCAUCACAGCUCUGUACAAAUGGAAUGGGAUUGAAGAUGCCACCACCGAUGACGACACAAUGGAGAAUUCAGACAAAGCUGGGUCAACCGUUGUCCGAGAGCUCGUUCACAGCUUCCUGCUCGACUUGUGUUGCUCUCGGAAACACGGCAUCAGCUUCCACGACGCCAGCAUCGGCACAGCUGGCAGACCUGGUAACCUUGUCUUGCUUCAGUUCUUGGUUGGGCUGAAGCAGGCUACUGAGGAUGAGCUGGUGGCAGACCUGCUAGUGAACGUGCUAAAGGCUAGCCCGGAUGUUUUGUCCAGAUACUUUAAAGAGACUCAGUACUCUUACACCCCACGUCUCAAAAGUGCUUGGCAAGCCAAUGUUAAACUACUUAAAAAGAUCUACGAGGCUCAGCCGGAGAUCUCGUUGGUCUUUCAGAGCCGUGAGAUGAUUCCUUUGCCUCGCUUGCUGUCCAUGAUUAUGGCGCUGUCUCUUCCUCCAGUCUGUAACAAGGCCUUCUUCACGCAGGGCCUCAGUCUCCCCAACUCCUCAGCGAAGCUUACAACUGUGUCCUUGAUGAGUUUCCUUUUGAAAAAAGCCAGUGGGAAUAUGGAGUAUCUGUUUGACAAGUCGCUGUGGAACAAGUCAGACGUGUACACUGUUGAGAUGAUGGAGGAGUUGGUGCAGCAGUACAGGGAGACGCUGGGCAAGAUUUUGCCUGACAUGACUGGCAUCAUUUCAACAUGGCAGUUGCUUAGCAAAAAGGAAAAGGCCGGUGUUGGGGAGAAUAAGUCCAAAAAUGAGGAAACUGUUGAAAAUAUGGAGGAUAAAAAUGACCUUCCUGACACAGCAGAUUCGGCUGAGGUCAUUCUGCUGAAGGCGAUGAUUCUUCAGGUCUUGUGUCUUUACCAGAAGGUGGUGCCACACCUGGUGAUGCAGUGCAAGUUUGACUUCAGCAAACUCCUGAAAGGAAUCGUGUCCGAAAAAGGAAUGAGGGAAGAAACUCCCCCGGUCUUGCAGUAUCAGAUACUGCAAUUGGCUUUGAAUUUUCCAGCAAGCAAAUUUUCCUGGUUCCGCAUACAGGAUGUUUCAGGCACAGAGUCAUCCUCUGGAGAGAAGUCAGUACUUUACCUGCUUCUCAAGAUGCUUGUGAGCAGCAGCAGCAGCCACCUCAGGUCCUCCACACGGAGGCUGGUUCUCAAGGUUCUUAAGGACACCGGGGUAUUUGAAUACACCUUGAAUGAACUUGAGCUCUGGCUUGAUCAGCUGGUCAAACUAAAACCAAACCAACAAGAGACGGUUAUCCAGUUCUUAGAGAGGGUGUUUGCCAGAUUGGUAAGCAAUUCAUAUGAAUACACAGAUAAAGUAGCCAGCUUUGUCCAGGAGGCAGGAAAUCUGCAAGCUAACCUGAGUAGCCAGGACAGGGAUGCAGUCAGCGUUCCAGUUUCACACAUUGAUGAUGUUUUGGACAUGCUUGAUGUCAUCAUGGAGGGUAGUGACGGUGAGAUGGAGGAGUUUGGGCCUUCUCUGAGUGAAGACCUCAUUGUGCAAACUUUUCCCUUCAGCGCGGUGGUGCCGGCUGCUCUGGAAGCUCGGAACAAACUCCCAACAGACAAAGGGGUGGUGUGCGAGUACCUGUCUGCUGUGAUCUCAGAUGUGCUCCACUGUCAAAGAGACCCGCUCCCUCUCUGUCUCACUCUGCUGCACUACGAUAAAAAGCUCACGUCCUCCGAACCUCCAGCAUCUUUUCAUCCAUCCGUCUUACAUCUUCAUCAGUAUUACUCCAGAUGGCUACCUCAACAGUGCCACGAAGAACUGUUCAAGUCUUGUGAGCGCCUGUCAAGUGAACCACCAGCCUCCACCUCCUGCUCCUCUCUACUGAAAGCCGCAUACAUCCAGGGACCCGGCACUUUUCUGGAGGACACCUUCAAGCAAAAUAUAGAAACGUCUCUAUCUUCCAUGUCACUGAUGGAGUUUCCAGUUGUGAUCAAGCAGAUUUUACUUUACAUCAAGUCAACAGUGGAAAACUUUGGCUCGUUCUCCAAAGACAUUAGAGGAGCUCUUCUCAGGACUUUGAUGGAAAUUCUUCGAGAUGUAGUGACAAGACUACAGAGCUCUGAGGAGACCCCGGACUCCGAGGCUGCUCCAGAGAAAUCCCAAGAAUCAGAUCUUUUUGUGGAAAUCAGUCAGUCGUCAACAAUCGAAGCCAAUAAGGAGCAGGUCCUUAUUUCAGCCCUUGGCUCCAUCUUUAAGCAUCCGUGUCUGGAGCAGUGGUUUCUGGCUCUGGAGCGAGCCACAUUCCCAUCUCAUUCCCUGAAACCUGUCGCUCUAAAGCACCUAUGUGCCCACAUGACUGACAAUAUUCUGACUCUCCUGAAGAUGUGUGCUCCCACUCUUCACGCUCUGAGUCAUCAGGAGCUUCUUGGCAGCUACCUGAGCGCUUUAGAGAUAGCUGCUCUGAAGGAGCUGAAUGAAAAGGGCUCUCAGUCUCCGAAGACUCAAUCCAGAACCUUUCAGGCACUCUUGUGUCUGCACAGCUACAUGGAUGCUAGCAGUCUGAGGGAAGUGGUUUCCAGGUUGCUGCUUCUCCCUCAUGACAGCCUCAUCCAUCCCCACCGUGAAGGGAAGCAGUCUGAGCUCAGCGUUUACGGUCGUGCAGCUUUACAAAUCCUCACAACGCGUGAAUCUACUUCCUCUCCCGACCAUGACCCGUUUCUGACACAGGCACACCUCCACGGCCUAGGCACCCUUCUUGUGUCCUGCUCUAGCCCUGAACUAGAAGCUUUUCUGCUCCGGACUCUGUCCAGUGAACCAGGAAGUGCCAAGCUGAUCCACACAGAUGUCCUGCUGCGCUAUCUUCAGCAGCCUGGCCCAGACACCCUGGCUAUCAGCGCUCUGCUCCUGCAGAACAGCUCCUCUCAUCGCCUCUGCUUUGAAGUCUGGAGCCUGGAACCACCAAACAUGGAGAACAUGUCUAAGACAGAAGCCUUCCUUCCGCUGAUCAACUCGUACUUACAGGUGGCGAGUAGAGAGGACCCAGCCAGACCCAAAGAUGUGCAAAGGGAAGUUUUGAAAGCCUUGAAGGAAGCGCUGCUCACCAGACUGUCUCUGAAUAUUUUGGGAAGCCUGACGGAGGACUCUGGAAGCCAGUCGGCAGAAACACUUUCGAGUCUGAUCAGACUUUCUGCAGACGUGAACGACAUCAGGGAUUUGAUCGACAACCUUCCGGACGCUUUGAAGACAGCAGACAGUUUUGUGAGAUGGCAGCUAGUGGAUGUUAUUAUGGAGAAGCUUGCAGAUUGCCCAGAAGAACAAGGAAAAUGGAGAAUGUCGGUCGCUGCUGCAGCCCUGAAGUGUCUGAUUGCUUCGUAUUGCCACUCAAAAGAUCAGGCCACUGCCCCAUCAGACCAGGAGGAGAGCGUCUUAAAAAGACUUCAUCGCCUUCUGACAUCAGCAGAAGACGUCACGGCGUCUGAUUGGAACAGUUUUGUUACAAAUGGAUUGAGGUAUCGCUACAACGAUAGUCAUUUCCUGGAGACUCUCGGUGGCCUGUUGGAUCUGAUGUAUGAAAACCCGAAAGACCAAAAAGAUCUGAUACCGUUAUCAACUCUUCAUAUGAUGACCAGCAGCCAUUCUCAGUUCCUGCCCACAAUGCUGGAAUCCAGUGAAGAGCCCGGCAGGAGUCAGGCCAAAGGAGCAUUGGUGUCCCUUCUUCUUUGCCUGGUAAAAAAGUGUCCGACAGUUUGUAGCGUCAACCAUUUUGUCGUACUUCUGGCAGCAUAUGGAGCAACUCUUUCUCCCUCAGAUCAGAAACUGUUGCUACUCCUGCGGGAGUAUGAAGCAAACCAGGUCAGCCUGCUGAAAUUUCAGUCGUUCUUUUGGGGUCCUGCAGCUGUUGAGCAUCACAAGACCCGGAAAAGCUUGGGAGCUUCUCUGUGGAAGCAGCCGAGUUCAGACGAUGUGCUGGCGCUGCUGAAAUCCGACACGAUGCAGCAGACUGUUUUAAAGUUUCCUCAACGACGCAGGAUCCUCCCCCAGGACAACGCAGAGAUGCUGUACAGAAAUGACGCAGUGGACGACCUUGGGAGUUUGUAUGAUCCGUGUUUUCUCUUGCCUCUCUUCAGCGCCAUCUUGCGACCAGAGUGUGUUGUUGACUGCGUGAAGUUCGUUUCCAGCCAAGCACUCAGCGUCACGGUGGUGUCUCUGAGUAGCUACGACUCAAACUUGAGAGCGGCGGCGUACCACGUGCUUCACUGCUUCUACCAGCAUCUGGAGGCGGCUCGGUUCAGAGAGAAGAGACCGCUACUGUAUUUAAUGGAUCUUGUCAAGAAUGGAAUUCGAAAGCAGAAUCAAAGACUUCCGUUCAUCUUGACCUCUUACGUCACCAAAGUGGCUCAGCAGAUGCUGAAACCAGAGGACCACAUGUAUGUGGUGCUAAACCGAUUCCUGCUGUCCCAUCAGAGUCUGGAUAUGCGAAAAGUCCCAGGAUUCACCAAGCUAUUUUAUGGCUUUGAAUUGGAGCACAAGAUGGAACGAGAGUGGAUCCUGAGCGUGCUCGAGGAGGGGUUGAUGGAUGGACACUGCUAUGAUCUGUGCAACCAACAGGGUAUCUUUCAGGUCCUUUUAAGCUUCAGCAGCAGCCCGCUGUGUAGUGAACGCUAUCAGAUGCAGAUCAUUAGGGUGUUGUGUAAGGCUGCCCGUGUGACUAAAGCAGCUUACGACCUCCCAAAGAGCUGCGGGCUCCUUAGCUGGAUAAUACAGCUGGUUGAGAAAAGGAAUCUAAACCAGCAGCUGCUAUCCGCCAUGAUUGAUCUGCUCCAUGUGCUGUGGUUUACCAACCUUGGGCGGAAGGAGGAGAAGCUUGUUAAAGACGAUGCCUCCUCCUCCACCCACGAGAAACCUCAGGGCUUAGUCAAAUGUCUCCCACUUCCACUCAUCAGUGAGUUUCUGUGUGUGGCGAUGGCCAUCUGCAGACACCUCAGGUUGGGUGUGAAGGCCGCUCAGUUCAGCUUGUUUGUGCAGACUCUUUGCUCUGUACUGGUGCAUCGUGGGACAGCCCUCAGUGUAAACAAACAAUCUGACCGACUCACGCUCCUUCCACAGCCUCUCUCUUGCACCGAAGCGCUUGCUCUGCUCCUCUGCUGGGCCUCCUUAUCCUGCAACUCGGCCCUCCUGGCCCAAAUACAGGCCUUGUCAGAACAGUACAAAUUCAGAGAGUUGAUGGGAAUUGGAAAGAACAAGGUGCGAGGUAAAGGCUUCGUCUCCCAAAGCGGCACACGAAGGGUGAACCAUCUGGAGGACACCAAGACUCUGGAAGAAGAGGAGAAUCUCCUGACAGACUGUAAACUUCCCCUCAGCAGGAUCUUUCUUCACUGGGAACCCGCGUUUCAGCCCUCAGAACCCCAAUCGGUUCAGCUGGCCAACGACACGGCGCAUCUGCUCACCAAGUGGUCCCUGAGGUGGCUGGUGGAGGUCACGUAUGAUGCAAACAGAACAAAAGAGCUGCUGCUCUGGUUGGAGAAGGUUGUGGUGAAACCCAGGAGAAUCCUGAAGGUUGUGAUGCAGGAUUUUGGCUUGAAAGCAGAUCUCCUUCAGCUGUUUCAUCGCAGCUUCGAAGCUCGGCAUCUCUCCAGCGUGUCUACUGGAGUAGAAACCAUACAGCUUUUUACCAACAUUAUGAUCAGCCUGCUGGAGACACAAGAAAACCUUCCAGAGUUUCACCAGGGGGUGAUCUCCGCCUGCCUGCCUGAGCACGACCAGUCUAAACGUGAAGCAGGACUGUUUCUGUUGUCGCCGUACAUCCAUGAGUUGUGGAGUGGAGCCUCUUCAGCACAACUCUUCCUGUCUCACGUCUCUUUGGUGACCAGAAUCAAGAGCAAAGGACAAAAAGGCUCCAAAACAAAGAGCCAAAUGGCCAUCAGAGCCAUCUGUAACGACAUCAUCGCCAUGACAGGUUAACAGGAAUAUCUGGACAGUUGAUUCAUUUUUUCAUUUUAGUUAUAAAGAUAUUAAAACAUUUUGUUAAUAAAAAGAAACUUUGUUUUGUAAAGUGUAGUUUUCCACAUCAGUGUUUUCUUUUUAUUUGUUUUAAACGCUUGGUUUGUCCCAGAUUUAAUGGUAGAUGAACAACGACCACAAACAAUAAAUCUGAUGAUGUACAAAA